AUGGAAGACCUUCCAACGGAGUUGAUUGAGAACAUUGUCGGCUGGGUGGAGUUCCCGGAUGUCUGUGCUCUCCGCCUGACUGGACGCAAUAUAUCGCUCAAGUCAUCGACAAAUGCGACCUGCCAGCGCUUUUACUCUUCUAAACGACUGGAUAUUACACAAGCCUGCCUUGAACAGCUGGUCCAGUUCACUCAGACCGGGCAAAUCGGCCAUUGGCUCCAGCGGCUUACUCUUCAUGACUGUGCGGCGCGGGAGCCUCCUCCCUCCAACGCAGCCGACCUGCUAUCACAGGCACUGGCAAACCUGUGCGAUCGACCAGGCCAGCUUUCUAUUCUGCUUCGGAUAGACAGAUUCGAAAAAUUUGAGGAAUCCAGAGAGAUUGCGUCGCGGCUCUUCCACCUGACCCUGUCGGCGCUUGAAAAGUCCAAAUUACCGAUUAUGGCGCUGGAUAUUUUCAAAGAGGGCUACAUGCACCUACAUGGGCUCCACUGCAGUUUGGCAUUUAGCGACAUCGGCAAUGCACUAACACGCCACGACAGGGCCGCUCUCGUGACAUCCUUUCAAUCAUGCCGGAAGCUUUGUCUUAGUCUUGGACAUUCAACCAUCGGAUUCGACUUGGACCGCGUAGUAAGAUUGCGGCUACCGUUGGAGUUACCCAUGACAUAUGACGGGGCCCGCCACAACACCCAGUCGCUGUGUGAUCUUCUCAGUCUGUGCCCCAACCUAGAGGAACUCCAGCUCUUGUGGGAGUAUGAAGAGUUCGAUGAGACGAAUGCCUCCGAGGAGGAGUUACAUUUCUUCAAUCGGGUGGGCGCAACCUGUAGCUUUGCGAGCUUGAAGCGUUGCUCACUUCGGGGCAUCAGAACGAAAGAGACCUCAAUUAUGGCCUUCUUUCGUCGAUUACCGCAGCUGACGGAGCUCAUCCUCGAAAACAUAUCGUGCGAAACUGGUACAUUCGACGGUCUGCUUCUGCUCGUGUCUACCACUAUGCCGGAGUUAGACCGCUUAUGGCUUAGGUGUCUACACGAUGAGUCUGGAAGUCUGGAAUUUCAAGAUGAGCCUGCACAUUCCGUAUGGAAGGGACGACCGGGAUCUCCUCAACGUGGUAUAAGACGAAGUGGAUCCGACGCCAGGAGGCUGGUGGUGCCCAGCAAUAGGAGAGGAUAG